AUGCUUAUUUCUCUCUUUCGUGUUUCUCAUUACUCUUUCUUUCUUUCUCUUUUUCUUUCUUUCUUGUAUUUUGUUGCAUUAUAUUUAGACUGUUUUUCUCUCUUUCUUUAUGUUCCUCUUUAUUCAUUAUUUUUCUUUUACGUUCUUUUUCUUCUCUUUAACUGCAUUUUAAUUAACCCUUAUUUCUCUCUUUCAUUACGUUUCUCUUCACUCAUUCCUUUUUUUCUUCUUCAUAACUGCGCUUUAAAUAAUCAUUCUUUUUCUGUUUCUUUGUGUUUCUAUUUACUCAUUGUUUCUUUCUUUCUCUCUUUCUGUAUUUCUCCCUUCCUUCUCUUUUACUGCAUUUUAAUUAACACUUAUUUCUCUCUUUCUCGCUUUCAUAUUUUAAUUAACCCAUCUUUCUUUGUGUUUCUCUUUACUGAUUCAUUCUUUCGUUCUUUCUUUCUUCCUUCCUUUCUUUCUUUCUUUCUUUCUUUCUUUCUUUCUUCCUUCCUUCCUUUCUUUCUUUCUUUCUUUUCUCUUACGGUAUUUUAUUUAACACUUAUUUCUCUCUUUCUUUAUGUUCCCAUUCACUCAUACUUUCUCUCUUUCUUCUCUGUAACGGAAUCUUUCAUUCUUUGUUUGUUUGUUUCUCUCUUUCCUUUUUUUACUCUUGGCUUUUAUUGGAUUUUACUCACUACUCUUUUAUUUCUGAAAUGUUUCUCUUUACUCUUUCUUUCUUUAAAGAUUUUAAUGUGUCUUAUUACCUCUUAUUUAACCGUUUUGUUUCUUUCUUUUUGUCCCAAUCAUCAUCAUUCUCAUAUUAAUCAUUCCAUUUUUCACUACAUCUUCUUCUUCUUCUUCUUCUUCUUCUUCUUCUUCUUCUUCUUCCCUUAUAACUCUUUUACUUCACUUUCACUUCGACUUUCCUCCUCCUACCCAUAUUCCUCUUAUCCUCCCCCUCCUCCUCCUUCUUCUUCUUCUUCUUCUUCUUCAAACUCUAUUACUUCACUCACUUUGACUUUCAACCCCCUACCCAUACUCAUCUUAUUCCUCCUCCUGCUCCUUCACCCACUCCUCCUCCAUUUUAAUCUUCUUCUUCUUCUUCUUCUUCUUCUUCUUCUUCUUCUUCAUUUACUACUACUAAUACUACUACUAUUACUACAAUUCUUCCUCUUCAUCUUCCUCUUCAUCUUCUUUUUCUUCUUUUCUUCGCAACAUUCUUCUUAUGCUCCAACUCUUUUAUUUAUGUUUCACUUCAACUUUUCUCUUCUCCUACCCCUCCUCCUCCUUUAUUUAACUGAACUCCUCCCCCUCCUCCUCUUCUUCUUCUUCUUUAAAAUCAUAUUCUUUUUCCUAUUCUAUUCUUUUUUCUAUUUCCUUCUUCCUCUUCUUCCCCUCCUCUUUCUUUUUAUUUAUUUAUUUUUUCUCUUUUUUUUGUAUUUGUCUUCUCAAAUAUUGUUCAGUUUUAAUUCUCUUAGGAAAGCCCGAAGAAAAGAUGGUGGUUAA